AUGUUUGAUCCAAGUAUGUUCAUUAGUGAUCGUGACACAAACGAUACCGAUGGGCAUGAACAACCCUUUCUUCCGCCUGAUUUUCAACAAUUCUUUGUCCCUAACAUUCAAUAUGACACUGAAAACCCUGAUAUUGCUAAGAAAGAAGAUGCAAGCGAAAGCCUUUUUAUGCCUCAUCCUGAUGUCGAUAACUUUGACCCUAGCGUAUUUUUUAAUUUCGAUCCUGGUUUUAUGCAGCCAGAUUCACAAGAAAUUCGCAGACUUAUAUCGCAGCCAUUUGAUUAUUUUUCUAUGAUAAGUUCAGAGCAAGGAGAAAAUAAAAAUAAUAAUAAAGAUAAACAAGUGAAGAAAUAUGAAAAUAAUUUGCUUCCGAAGCCGAAAACUAUUAUUUUUAUAAAUAAAUAUGUUUUUAACUUAUAAAAGCACAUAUUUUUUAUAUAGUUAUUCUAAAAUAAAAGAAUUAAGCAAUAGUCUGGUGCUGAUACAUAUAAAUUUAUUUUUUUUAACCCUAAAAUAAUUUCUUUUUAAAAAAGAAUACUAUUAAAAGGAUAUAUGGUCCCAAAGCAAAAAGAUUGGAACUCUUUCUUAUGAAGAACGUAGAGAAAAAAUUAUGAAGUAUUUAGAAAAGAGAAAGCGAAGAAAUUAUAAUAAAAAAAUAGCUUAUGCAUGCAGAAAGCGGGUAGCAGAUGACAGAAUUCGGGUUAAAGGAAGAUUUGUAACAAAAGUACAAGCCGAAGCACUUAAAGGGCUGCAAAAUGAAAAAAAUAAUGUGUCCUUACCAAUUAAGAGGGAUUGAGAUAAAAUAAUGAAUAGUUAA